AGCAACUUCACAUAUUGGGCUCCAAAUCAACCUAACGAUUUCAGACUAGACGAGGACUGCGUCCAUACCCUAGGAGUUGGACAUAGUUUUGAGUGGAAUGACGUAAGCUGCGGAAGCUGUCAUAACUUCACGUGUUCAGAGGACCUUGAUGAAUGUGUAGGAAAUAAUCAUGACUGCAGCAAGAAUGGUAUCUGCACGAACACACACGGGUCGUAUAAAUGCCAUUGUACCAGUGGGUAUAGCGGUGAUGGUCGGAGUUGUGCAGAUAUAGAUGAAUGUUCUUUAAGCAAUGAGUGUGAUAGCAGUGCAACGUGUCAAAACACUGAUGGAUCGUACACUUGUAGUUGCAUGAACGGUUACACUGGUGAUGGAAAGACUUGUAGAGAUGUCGAUGAAUGUACACUCAACAGUCAUGACUGUGAUGCCAACGCAAAGUGUUCGAACACACCAGGAUCAUUUACUUGCCAGUGUGACCAUAACUCUGGCUACUAUGGCGAUGGAAAAACGUGCUCUGUUCACCGUGGCCUCGAUGACUCAAGUAUCAUAGGUGGAGACACAAGUAAAAUGUCCCAGCUGAAUUCCUGGCUUAAUUCCCGUUUGCAGAGUGCGUCGAAAAGUUACUGGAAACGGUGCUACAGAGCUUCGUAUAAUGGAUGGAAUUCAGAAACAUUUCACCGUCAUUGUGACGACCUUGGACCCACUGUGACCAUAAUUCGUGCUCAUGGCUACAUAUUUGGUG